UUGCAGUAGAAUGAUCCUGGUGAAAAGUUUGACUGCAAUGGCAACGGAGAAGUUACUGCUGAAAACAUCAGGUCAGCAAUUCUUGGAUGGUGUCGAUUAUAUGUAUCGCGUGGGGUUAUCACCUGAUCGAUUGUCAGUCAUGGAAACAACCAGUGGUAAAUUCAUCUUGCAGUUUCAUUCACGAUGCGAUCUUCGUCCUAGAAUGAUCCUGGUGAAAAGUUUGACUGCAAUGGCAACGGAGAAGUUACUGCUGAAAACAUCAGGUCAGCAAUUCUUGGAUGGUGUCGAUUAUAUGUAUCGCGUGGGGUUAUCACCUGAUCGAUUGUCAGUCAUGGAAACAACCAGUGGUAAAUUCAUCUUGCAGUUUCAUUCACGAUGCGAUCUUCGUCCGUUCGCUGCUAAUUAUCCCACUUUUCAACGGUUACUUCGUGGUAUAGUUCACAUUAGAGCAUGGCGAAUCCAGUCUAUCGAAUUUUUAAAUGUUGAUUUCAAGAUAGUCGAUAUUCCUGAAGUUGAACGUACGCUAGAAAGGCUGGAAGUGAAUUUGGUGCUGCUGCGCAACUGUACAUAUAACACAAUCAUGAAAUCAUCCCAUGCAUAUCAAGUUUUGUUGGCACUUAAUCGAAAUAAAAAAUGCAUUGUUUGCGAGUACGGUGAUGACAGGUUAAAAGAUCGAGUUUUGCGUGGAUAUCAACGUCAUUCCUUAAACAAUAAUAAUGUGCCUGGGUUGAACGCUGCACCAGUUGCAUAUAAUUGAAAACUAUUAAUUAUUCAAUACGUCAUGACGCAACACAAUAAUUCUACACUUUUCAUCUGAUUUUUAUCAAUUUAUGGUUAAUUAUGUGACUUUUAUUCCACGUCUUCUUUUUUCAAAUCAUCACUUAUUUAUGAAAUCC